AGGUAAAUACUAAAGUGCCGGACAGCAAUCCGAUAGCCGUACGUUUGAAAACGUUUAAACUCCGAAUCUGCUCCGAAUUCAGUCCCGUACUCCUGUGACACGCAACCCGCAAAAAUGCCUGUCACAAAGAAUAACAAGAUGAUGCAGCACAUCAACUACAGAGUGCGCGUCAUCUUACAAGAUUCUAGAAUGUUCAUUGGUACAUUUAAAGCCUUUGAUAAACAUAUGAACUUGAUUUUGGCCGACUGUGAAGAAUUUCGUAGACUGAAAAGUAAAGCCAAAGUACCUACAAUACCCGCAGAGCCAAGAGAAGAAAAACGUGUACUUGGUUUUGUUUUAUUACGUGGACAAAAUAUAGUAUCUAUAACUAUCGAAGGACCCCCUCCACCCGAGGAAGGUCUUCCAAGAGUGCCACUACCCGGUGGUGGUGGUGGUCCAGGAUCUAGCCGUGCUGCUGGACGAGGGAUGCCUUCUGUCAUACCAUCAGCAGCUACACCUGGCUUACAAGGACCAGUAAGAGGUGUUGGAGGUCCUUCACCAGCUGCAAUGGCACCAACUAGAGGUGCUCCUGCUCAACCACCAAUAAGAGGCCCACCAAUGAUGGCUCCUCCACCAGGCAUGAUGGCUGGUAUGCCACCAAUGCCAGGUAUGGGUCGAGGUGGACCACCACCAAUGCCAACCAAUAACAUGCGUGGUCCUCCACCUAUGAUGAGAGGUCCUCCAGCUGGUCCAAGAGGAUAUUAGUGUGUAAUACUGAUGUUAUCUACUGAAUAUUUGAUAUGACUAAAUAAAUAAUCAUCGCAUAACAUUCAAUAAUUGUAUUACCAAUUUCAUAAGCUAGUGCAGUUCAACAACACAUUUUAUUUAAUAUUGUAAUUUUUUUUUUAAAUUAAUAACUUCUAAUGUUAACAUACUAUGAUUCCAUAUACUAGUAUAAUAUAUUAUUAUAUUGUAUAUAUAAAAUAUAAGUGUGAAAUUGAACAGGUAAAAAUCUACAAAACAA